AGGCUUAACUGUAGCAACAGCAGCAGCGGCGACAGCUGCAGCAGCUCCCUUCCUUCCGAAUACGAGCACCACAGGGGCCCAGAAGCCCGCACAGGAGUUUAGAGAAAAUGGCAGGCGACAUUGAUAUUGAAGCAAUGCUUGAGGCUCCUUACAAGAAGGAUGAGAACAAGUUGAGCAGUGCUAAUGGCCAUGAAGAACGUAGCAAAAAGAGGAAAAAAAGCAAGAGCAGAAGUCGUAGUCAUGAACGAAAAAGAAGCAAAUGUAAGGAACGGAAACGAAGCAGAGAUAGAGAGAGGAAAAAGAGCAAAAGCCGUGAAAGGAAGCAAAGUGGAAGCAAGGAAAGGAGACGGAGUCGCUCAAGAAGUCGAGAUCGCAGAUUCAGAGGCCGCUGCAGAAGUCCUUACAGACGACGCUCCGGAAGCAAAAGUCCAUUCAGAAAAGAUAAGAGCCUUGUGAGGGAACCUAUUGAUAAUUUAACUCCUGAGGAAAGAGAUGCAAGGACUGUUUUCUGCAUGCAGCUGGCAGCAAGAAUUCGGCCAAGGGAUUUGGAAGAGUUUUUCUCUACAGUAGGAAAGAUUCGAGAUGUGAGGAUGAUUUCUGACAGAAAUUCAAGAAGUUCCAAAAGAAUUGCUUAUGUGGAGCUUGUCGAUGUUAGCACAGUGCCUCUAGCGAUAGGAUUAACUGGCCAACGUGUUUUAGGCGUGCCAAUCACAGUACAGGCACCACAGGCAGAAAAAAAAAAAAAACAACAACAACACAGAGCUGCAGCAAUGGCAAACAAUCUACAAAAGGGAAGUGCUGGACCUAUGAGGCUUUAUGUGGGCUCAUUACACUUUAACAUAACUGAAGAUAUGCUUCGGGGGAUCUUUGAGCCUUUUGGAAGGAUUGAAAGUAUCCAGCUCAUGAUGGAUAGUGAAACAGGUCGAUCCAAAGGAUAUGGAUUUACAACGUUUUCUGAUUCAGAAUGUGCCAAGAAGGCUUUGGAACAACUUAAUGGGUUUGAGCUAGCUGGAAGGCCAAUGAAAGUUGGUCAUGUUACUGAAUGUAUUGAUGCUUCCAGUGCUAACUCAUUUUUGGACAGUGAUGAACUGGAAAGGACUGAAAUUGACUUGGAAACAACUGGUCGUCUUCAAUUAAGCAAGAUUGCAGAGGGUACAGGUUUGCAGAUCUCACCAGCAGCACAGCAGGCUCUACAAAUGAGUGGCUCUUUGGCAUUUGGUGCUACCGAAGCUUCAGCUUUAGCUGCAGCUGCCUCUGUUCAACCUCUUGCAACACAGUGUUUUCAACUCUCUAACAUGUUUAACCCUCAAACAGAAGAAGAAGUUGGAUGGCAUACAGAGAUUAAGGAUGAUGUGAUUGAAGAAUGUAAUAAACAUGGAGGAGGUAUUCAUAUUUAUGUUGAUAAAAAUUCAGCUCAGGGCAAUGUGUAUGUGAAGUGCCCAUCAAUUGCUGCAGCCAUUGCUGCUGUCAACGCAUUGCAUGGCAGGUGGUUUGCUGGUAAAAUGAUAACAGCAGCAUAUGUACCUCUUCUAACUUAUCACAACCUCUUUCCUGAUUCUAUGACAGCAACACAACUACUGGUUCCAAGUAGACGAUGAAGGAAGAUAUAGUCCCUUAUGUACAUAGCUCUUUUCUUUCUUGAGAAUUCAUCUUCAGUUAUCUUUUAUUUAGAUAAAAAUAA